AGACGUGUGAAUUAAUUAUAUUUUAAACAAUUAACUUGAUUUGAUAUACAGGGCGGCUUUAUCAUCGAUGCUAUAAUGAAGUCAAUUAUCUUAGUUUUCUGCAUUUUCAUCGGCUUUUUUGCUCAGUAUGUCUCCGCUCAGUGGGUCUUUGGAGCAAGAACCUGCCUUUUAAAUUGCAAUGAUAGAGGAAGAGCCUUCGGGUCUAUUCUCAGUACCUGCAGUUGUCACGAGUCAUGCGAAGCAGAAGGAAGGUGCUGCAAUGACUACUGGACCUACUGCUCGAAAUCGUGUUACACCAGAUGUGGCGAUGGAUAUCACCCAUUGCAGCAGUGUCAGUGUUACGACAAUUGUACAGCUGAUCACUGUUGCGAAGACUAUAAACAAAUUUGCGUCCAAAACAUAAUACCUACCUUCACGAACAAAGCUACAACCAUGAAGCCAACGGAAGCACCUUCUACUGUAUCGACCACUCCACGGCCAAAAGAAAAGGGUUACAGUUAUCUAACGGAUCGUAUGAUUGAAUGUGAAAAGGGUGUGCCAUUCACACCAUGCCCUAUCAACCCGUGUGAACGGUCUUGUGCCAAGCAUCCAGACUCUCUCUGUCUGAUUACAGAAUGUGGAUCAUGUGAAGCAAAACACUUUGAUUUAUACGGAAAUGAAGUGAACUGCUAUGAUCCAGAACAUCAUUGUCCAAAUGGGCAACCAAUAUUUGAUUGCGGAGACUUAGAUUUGUGCUUGGGUACCACUUGCCCCGGAUUUCCUCGUGCUGUCUGUGUUCCUAAUAAGUGUGGUGGAUGCUAUUAUGACUUUGUGGACGGAAAAGGAAACCCAGUAAAUUGUGAAAUAGAAUUACCGCAAAGAAAAUGUAAAAACGGAUUGGAAGAAAUGGAAUGCGACCCACUGCCAUGUAGCGGAAAAGUCUGCGCUGCCGAUAUCACCGCUACCUGUCGCAACGUUGUGUGUGGAGAAUGCAAAGCUGAAUUUUAUGACAUGUUCGAACGUAUUGUUGACUGCAACGCAACAGCAUCGUCUAUUUGUCCUGACACGUGUUACCGAAAUCCAUGCAGAGGAGCCGUUUGUCAGGCACAUCCGAAAGCAAAGUGUUCACCACGUAAAACAUUAAGAUGUGGAGCCUGUGAACCAUCUUUUUAUCUUGACGGAAAGCGACUGAAGGACAUUGAUUGUGUCAUACCAGAUCAAUGUAUAGACAAAACGCCGUGUGACAGGGAUCCAUGUCUUAUGCACACUUGUCCGGGAAAAGACAUGAUCUGUAUAGCAAAUUAUUGUGACGGGUGCAAUCCCCUGUUCUUCGAUAAGGAGGGAGAGCGAAUCCACCAGGAAGAUUGCUACGAUAUUUCUUCUCUGAAUUUGAGGAAGUGUCCCGAUGGCAAAGCACCACAGGUAUGCCCCAUUGAUCUUUGUGUCGGUCAGAAAUGUGGCGGCCGGUAUUCAGCUGUGUGCCGACCUGAUGAAUGCAAUAACUGCGAAUUGAUGUUUUUUGACGAAGAGGAUAAUUUACUUGAUUGCAAAGAGGAAAAAAUUACGUGCAAGGAUGGGCGUGAGCCUCUGAAUUGUGACUUCACCGUGUGUGAAUCGGUUGAGUGUCCAGGCCAUGACUUUGCUGAAUGUAUUCCAGAUCAAUGCGAUGAGUGCAAAGUACGGUUUUAUGGUGAAAAUAUGGAGGAACUUGAGUGCGUUGAAGAAGUGACUACUACUGCUGAAACAAAGCCUACACCAAGUCCUUGUCCUAACGGACAACCACGUAAAGAAUGCAGCAGUCAAUUAUGCAAAACUACGAGUUGCGAAUCAGACCCAGAAGCCAUUUGCAAGAUGAACCCAUGUAACGAUUGUGAACUCUUGUUUUUCGACUCCAGAGGAAGACGCAUAAGUUGCGAUCCUAAAUUGGCGGGUACGUGUGAAGGAGAAUGUGGCAACGUUCAUAAUAAAACUAGACCUUGCCAUUGUGAUUAUGGAUGCAAAGAAAGAGGAGAUUGCUGCGCUGAUUUCAAGCAAAUGUGUGAGACAUGUGAAGGCAGAUGUGGCGUAUACAAAUCGUUUGCUACAUGCCAAUGCACCGCUGAUUGCAGGAAAAACGGGGAUUGCUGCCACGAUUUCGGUGACAAGUGUUUGACAAGAUCAUGCAAAGGGAUAUGUAAUUCGCAAUGGAACUUGCUGGAACUGUGCCAAUGCCAUCCACGAUGCGUUCGAAACAGAAAUUGCUGUAUGGAUUACGCCAAGGAAUGUGCGUAAUUUGCCAAAAUCCAUCGGAAUAUAUUCUGUUGUAUAUAUGUUUGAUUUCUGUUGCCAAGUUAAUCACUUUCAUUUGUUGAAUUGAAAAUAAAGUACAUUGCUUUUAAUGAUCACUUCAUCAAAUUCACUUUGUGUACGAUGGUAAAUAAAUGGAUAAGAAUG